AACGCCACUAGAGGCGAUGAUGCGUCUAAACCAUGAUACACGUUACAUUUCACUUCAACAAGAAGAAGACGACGACAAUAGCGAAAAAUUAAUACAUACCCGGAAUUGAGAUGAGGCAGCGAGUCUUCACCGGGGUUGUGACACAGCUGCAGGACCGCCAUGGGACUGUAGACCGGGAUGUACGCUUUGCAAUGAGUGCUGUUGUAGGCAGAGCACCCUUGGUCGGUGAGAAAGUGCUGGUAAAGGCGGUGCAGGAUCCUUCGCCUUCUGUCAAGUGGACAGCCCAAAGAGUGCAGGUUCUCAAUGGCCAGCCAUUUAAAUCUCCUCCGCCACUGCUGCACUCUGCGACACCUAACCUGGCGCCUGGGAUUUUGGGAAACAAGCGGCAACCACUGCUAAAAUCACCUAAAAUACCACCACUUAUUCCUGGCAUGCAGCCGUCCCCAGGUGGCAUGCUGCAGAUGCCUCACCACCAGCAGCUACCAUGGUCUGUUUCCUGGGGUGGCGGAAGCAGGAAGAGACAUAAUGAGGUUGUGGUUGGCCGGAGAGGACGACACUGGGAGGAACCUGGUGGCUCUUGGGGAGGAGACAACGCACAUCAAAAAAGACGACGAUGGAAACCACCAUCUGAGGAAGAAACAUACAAAAAGAGCACCUCUCAAACCAGCAUGAGCUCGCCUUUCUUCUCGUUUUUCCCACGAGACAGUCAGGCGUGUGAUAGUCUGGAGCUGCAGCGCCGUUACCCACACCUCCACGCUCCUCCGUCUCUCUUUCACGUGCAGCUUGGCUGGCCUGAGAGCUUCCCUCCCAGCCAGCCGUUUCCUCUCGCAGGGCCUUGUUUCUUCCACGUAGGCACGCAACAACCUCAGACAGAACUGACUCCAUCUCCAGACUCUACAGACAACUCCAUUAUCUCUGUUAAGGUGCUGUUACUGUCCAUGCCUGGCAUUGAGGACUUUUACACUCAGUGUUGUAACUAUGGAGAUGAUGGGAAGCCACAUGGAGAUGCAGUCCACCCUGCAGCGUUGUUCAAAUUUCUAUUACUGGAAAAAGCAGGCGAGCUGCAUCUCCCUGGAGGUUCUUGGUCGAAAGAGGACGGAGCCAAUCCAGCCAAAGACAGCAGCGGAAUUGUACGCACUGCAAUGCGCUGUGUGAUGGAGCAGAUGGCUCUAGACCUUUCAGCUUGCACACAAUGGCAUAAAAUGGCCGAGUUGAGAUUACUUUCCGGGGAUAAAACAGAGACAGCCAUCAUCUUGAUGCCAGAUGUGUGGAACCUGGUGCCCACAGCAGAAGAAUGGGCCAAGUUACAGGGAGAGCGAGGGGAAGACGAGUCACCUCUUCCCGAUGUGCCCUCACUGGUUGUUCAACCCUCUGCAGGUUUUACACCAUCUACAGUCUCUCUCUUGUCUUUAUUAGAGCCACGGAUGUCACAGAGCAGAGAUGCUUUUGAGGUGGGUUUGGUAAGCGAGCUCUUCAGCGAGAUGCUCCAGAGGGAUUUUGGUCUGCAGUUGUACCACUCCCUUUGCAGCCUGCCUCUGACUUCAGCGCCUGAGCCUGAAAUACAGGGAGAAGACAGCAGUGCUGCUCAGGAUGAUGAGGCAAAAAAGGCGAGUAAGGAUGUGGGAAAGAAAGGAGCAAGUGAUCCGAAGAAAAUGACUAACAAGGAUGGGGAGGAAGAGGAAGAGAUUAAAAUGGAGUAUGAACAGGAACAGGGCGAACACCAGUCAGAGGAACAAGAUGAGGCUGAGAGCCACAUGGAGGGUGAAGAAGCAAUGACCACAGAUGUGCUCGACAGUCAGUCACUCAAAGACAUAGAGCUUCCCCGUAGGGUUCUUUUGUCCUGGGUGUUUUUCGACAGACAGCUCUCUGGCUCCCUGAGAGAAGAGGACGUUCAGAAUAUCCUGCUCUCGCUCGGGCUCUACCUCACCACUGCGCAGGCACAGGAUCUUGUCAGAAAGAUGUCAGUGGAUGGGAAGUGCAUGUACCGCAAGCUGUGCUCUCACUGGACUGACACAGAUGAAGUGACCUGUGACCUCAGUGCCGAGGGAAAUAAAUCCAUGCUGCCAGCUGUGGUUCGUAAGGAGAAGGCCUCUUCUCGUCGCACGUCCAGCAACGUCAACCAAGACAUUAUAAACUUCAAAGGGACGGUUCUGAACAUCCCCAACCUGCUGCAGCAUCUUGAGAGCAGCAAAGCAGCACAACACGAGAUGGAGAAACGGAUCGCUGACCUACAGGCAAUGCUCGAGGAGGCCAAGGCGAGGCCAGUGUCAGAUGAACAGGAGCAGCUGAAGAACAGAUUAGAAAAAGUUGAAGCACUCAACAAAACCUAUGAGAAGAAUCUAAAAGAGAAUGCUGGCCACAUGCUCACUGUCAUUGAGAAGAUGCAAAAAAUGGUAGAUCAGACAACAAGCCUUACAAGAGCAAAAGACAUGAAAGACUAACAGUUUCUUCAAAUGGCAAAGUCAGCAGGGGUGUUUUAAAAACCUCAAUCAGAUUUUUUUCAGCGUUUUUAAACCUCUUUUUUUGUUAAUGGAGUUGUACAUUUUUAUUUUCCAACCUCAAAAUGUUCAGCUUGGUAUUUCAGUGGCACGCUUGGCAAACUUCAGGUUUUGUUAAAAAAAUAUAUAAAAAAGGAAACAAACUAAAUUUAAAUUCAUGUUUGAGUAGCAUCUUAGCCUGCAGAGAUGUAUUGAAAUGUAUUAUUGUCCUUAUAUUUACUGUGUUACUGUUUGGUUUAUUCUGUUCAAUCCAAUAAUUUGGAAACUGAUAUUAAAAUAAGUUUGUUUGAAGUUUUGGUUCUCUUGUAUAAAAACAUAAAUUGUAUUUAUACUUGCCAUCAGUGCUGCUGAACACUGAAGAUUCCCAUGUUGUAAGGUUUUUUUUUUUCAAUUUUUUUUUUCCAUCCCAAUCAUCAGUUACUGUUCUGGCAGGAAUUGAUCACACUACUGCAAUAACAGAAAUUUGACAAACACAAAAAACCAUUCACCCUGCCCCCUGCUUUUCAUCGCUUCACCACAGUGUGGCUGAGAGAAUUUUUUUUACCCCACAAAUUAUGAAUGACAUUAAAUUCAAAGGUUGUCAAGUUUUCAGUUCUUGUUUUCAUGCCUCUGAUUCAACAAUAAAAAUGUCAUUGUGAAUUAUAA